CAAGCCCCAAUAAAGAGGCCCUCGGCUGCACGGUGGUCAUCCUCCUGGUGCUCGCAUCCCGAUCCACUUCGGAGAACCCGGUUCUCAAACUCCAGAGACAUGUCUUAUCAACAGCAGCAGUGCAAGCAGCCCUGCCAGCCACCUCCAGUGUGCCCUCCUCCAAAGUGCCCGGAGCCCUGCCCACCUCCAAAGUGCCCGGAGCCCUGCCCACCUCCAAAGUGUCCUGAGCCGUGCCCACCUCCAAAGUGUCCUGAGCCGUGCCCACCUCAGCAGUGCCAGCAGAAAUGCCCUCCCGUGCCACCUCCCCAACCCUGCCAGCAGAAGUGCCCACCCAAGAGCAAAUAAGAGCGUCUCCAUUCAUCCGGACCAGGAAGGGAUAAGCACAAUGGGCUCACCUGCUGCCACACUCCACCUUCGCCUUCUCUCCAAGGCCCGUCACGGAGGCAGAAGAAGCUUCUCCCUCCUUCAGCCUGUCCCAUGCUGGGAGCCGCUCCUGAUGGCCAAAGCUUUCUUCCCUGAGGCUGCUCUGCCUCUUCCCUCCAGAGGCUGCUAAGGAAGCACCUCAGGGCUUCAGACGGAAGAGCAGAAGCUCCCCUCCUGGGCACCAGCAGGGGAUUCUCAGGCCAUCUUCAGUGUAUGUCACCUGGGCAGGGGUUUCUACCACUGGGCAAUUGUUACUUACCCUCCCCUUCCUGAAUAAACCACAGUUCUUUUGUGUGAUGA